GUCACACACAAAUAAACUCAAACACUGACCAGACAGACACACAUACGUGCUGGGACACGUUUUCUAGGUGUGUCGCGUAUUGAUUAUUGCUCGUCUUCCUCCAGCUGAAACCACACGUCACAUCCGUGAGGCAUACGAGCACCAUUCCCACAACGGCAACAAAAGGAAAAUGUCGUCGCCGCUCACCAGCAACAAUCGCAUUAACAUUCCGGCGGUGUGCCGGUUGCGGGACGUUCACACCAACGAAACCGUCGGCUCCGGCGUGCUGGUCGGACCCGGGCUGCUGCUCACGUCGUCCGUUGCCGUGCCGAGCCAAGCACGUGCCGCCCGCGUCGUCGCCACGUUCUUUGAGGGCACCAAGAAGACAUCGUUGGAUGUGGCUCUUCAGCCACAACGCUACUACUUCGCCUCGCGCUACCCGGAGGAGAUGGACUACUGCUUUGUGCAGUGCGACGAGGCGCCGCUGCUGAACGUGACGCCCGCCCACGUCGCCCUCACCGAGAAAGGCUGGGCACCGGUGUCGGAGGGCGACAUGCUGCUCAUCGUGGAGCACCCCAUCGGUGGUGGCGGCGCCAGCGACGGGGACGGCGCCUCUCUGGCGUUGCCGGGCUCCGGGGUCGCAGCACCACUUGAGAAGAGCGGUGGCGGCGGCAGCUAUCCCACCCCCGCCGCCUCGCCCAAUUCCAACGCAUCGGGCACAAUGGCGGUGCCCUACAUGGAGCAGAAGCGCUUCGAGGAGGUGCUGCGGUGCCGCGGCAACCUCGGCUUUCUCAAAUCCAACGGCAACUGGGUGACGGCGGGUUGUCCGGCCUUUAAUGAAAACGGACAGCUCGUGGGCCUUCAGUCGCAGAGCCGGUCCGACGGCGAGGGCGUGGUGAAUCGAGUGCUGCUGCUCACCUCCGUUGUGAAGCACAUGUUUGCCAACGUGCAGCUGCCUCAUCUGCCCCAAGAGGGCAUCUCUUUUGAGGACAUGUGGUCGACCUGGUACGUAACCAACGACGUUUCACGCAUUGUAGCCAUCCUGGCCAACUUCAAGGGAAAGACGAUGGCGCAGCAGGUCACGUGCCGGCUGUGCGAGCUGACCGCCGAUCCAAAUUUGGUGAACAGCGUCGCCGACAAUGGCGGCAUCAACGUCAUCUUGCAGAACCUGUCUCUGUUCGGCAACGACACCACGCUGGCCGAGGUGGGGCUGCGCGCCUUGUGGAACAUCAGCAUUGGCGAGGAGGCGAACUUAGCGAAGAUAUGCGAGCACGAGGGGGUGCGGACGAUUGUGGAGGUCAUGGAGGGCUUCCCGUCCAACGAGACGGUGCUGCAGCUUGGGGCGGUUCUCCUCCACAACAUCGCCGGUUGCGCCGCGUCGCCGGACUUCGCGCACGAACUCGGCGACCGCGCCCUCAACGCGCUCUACCCCGGCUUUCAGCAGUACCGCGAGAGCGUCGUGCUGCAGAAGUUCUCCCUGAGCUUUUUCGCAACGUUGGUACGGCUCGAUGAGCACUUUGCUCUCUACCUCAUCCAGCACAAGAUUGUGGAUCAUCUGAUCCGCCUCAUCGAGGAGAAGCCAAAGCAGAUUUUUCUCAUGGAGAUGGUGGUCGGCCUCGUCGCUGAGCUCGCCCAAUACCCCAAGACGAUCGCCGUGACAAGCAUGAACGUUGCCGAAUACGGGGCGCUGAGCAUGCCAUACCUGAUUGACUUGCUGAUCCACCUCAUUUUGGAGUACAAGGACUUGGACAGUCUCAUGGUGAGUGGCAAUCGUGCGUUGUGGGGGCUUGGCAACCUACCGGCGUCCCGUGCGACGAUUCUUGAGAACCCGCGUGGCACGGAGGCGUUGCGCAUUUCACUUCCAGCUGUAGUGGCGAGAAUCCACCGUCAGUGA